AAAUGGUUCCGACUGGUUGGCCUAGUGCAGAAUGGUCGUUGGGAUUUGGAUCUUGGUUCAACAACUUUUUCUGUAGCGGCGCAGAAAAUUAUAAACCUAAAGAUCUUGCUACAAUCAAAUGUCCGUACACUGAAUAUUUCAUUUUUUCUUUCAUCAAGAGUAUGCAAAUCUCUUCUUUUUUGGCAUUCUUUAUCCGCCCUGGUUAUUCUCAUUAUUUGUACAGCAAAAUAAAACCGAAAGAUCGCACAAACAAUACAGAUAAAAUAGGACGGGUUUUAAUUGGUGGAAUGUUUGCAUCACCUCUUUUAUUUGCCACUUCAAUUUAUUUUAAUAAUUAUACGAGAGAGAAACUUGUAGACAGAUGUUAUGAAAUUCGUCGUGAUGAGGAUAUUUUGUCUUAUGAUAGAACAACUCUUGCAUUUGGAGCUAUUGGUUGGUAUUGGAAAAGAAUCCAAGGAGCUGUCGAUGGUAUCAACCUGGCCUUGCUAUACGCAGUUUUUCAUCAUCACAUCUCCAAAAAAUAUUUAAACCCAAUUACCCCUGAUGUUUUGACAUUACUUGGAAAAGAAAAAUAUGAGACAGUGGAAGAUGCAGAAUUUGGUAGUCAAAAGUUAUUUCAAUUUAUUAAGAAAAAAUUGGAGGAAAGAGCUGGUAAAAAUCAAGAAUUAGAAAAUAAGGAAGAGUAGAGGUUAAUUGUUUUGUUAUUGUUUUUUUUUGUAGCUUUUUGACGAAUAAAUUUAGCGAAUUUAACGAAAAUGAACAGGAAAUAAAGGAGUUUUCAAGAUGGUGUCGAAAUUAAGGUUUUCUACUAUUUUUGUUAUACCCUCUCAAAAAAAUUUAUCUUUUAUCUACUCUUAUUUACUAUAUUUUUCUCUAACACUGUUUAUCUUGAAACUAGUUUUGCAGACACUUUUUUAAAUUUGCGGACAGUCCGCAAAUUAAUUCUGCGGAUAGACCUGUUUUUAAAUUCG